GUGGCAGCGGCGCAGGGGAAAAGCGGUGGGAAACAGAAACACUAUGGCUGCCUCUCUGUCUCUAACUCAGCUCUCCAGUGGAAAUCCCAUUUAUGACAAAUACUAUCGACAGGUUGAUCCAACUGGCAGUGGGCGGGUGACGGCAGCAGAUGCAGCUCUGUUCCUGAAAAGGUCGGGCUUGGCUGACCUGGUCCUGGGGAAGAUCUGGGAUUUAGCAGACUCUGAACGUAAAGGAUCUCUUAGCAAACAGCAAUUCUUUGUAGCUUUGCGGUUGGUAGCCUGUGCUCAAAAUGGCCUGGAGGUGGCACUCAAGAGCCUUAAUGUGGCUGUUCCUCCCCCCAAAUUUCAUGACACUAGCAGCCCGCAGUUAGCGGGAGGAGCGCCUGGUGACACACCCUGGGUUGUGAAGCCUGAAGAGAAGAUGAAGUUUGAUUCCAUCUUUGAGAGUCUAGGUCCAGUAGGUGGCAUCCUAACAGGAGACAAGGUUAAGCCUGUCCUGCUUAACUCCAAACUUCCAGUGGACAUCCUCGGCAGGGUGUGGGAGCUCAGUGACCUCGACAGAGAUGGCAUGUUGGACAAAGAUGAAUUUUCUGUGGCCAUGUAUUUGGUGUACAGAGAGUUGGAGGGGGAGCCUGUUCCCAUGUCCCUACCACCUCCCCUGGUUCCACCCUCCAAGAGGAAAAAACCCUCGGUGCCUCCUGUGAUGCCCCUGUUACCCUCACCCCCCUCUGCCAAAGAAAGUCGCUCCUCCCACGCUGGCUCUAAGACCAUACCCCCCCCUCCUAAACCCGCCCCAGCUCCUGUCCCAGCACCAGCAGCUGCAGCUGCUUCUUGGGUGGUGUCACCAGCAGACAAAGCCAAAUACGAUGAGCACUUCAACAAGACAGACGGGGACAUGGACGGGCUCGUGUCUGGACCUGAGGUCAGAGAUAUCUUUCUGAAGACUGGGCUGCCCUCUGCCACACUUGCACGUAUCUGGGAGGUUUGUGACAUUGGAGACAUCGGGAAACUGACUCGAGAGCAGUUUGCCCUGGCGCUCCAUCUGAUCAAUCAGAAGCUGACGAAAGGCCUGGACCCUCCGCAGAGCCUGACCCCAGAGAUGAUCCCUCCCUCUGACCGACAAAACAUCAAACAGAACAACAUGCUAAACUUGGCAGCCGACUUCUCAGCCAUCAAGGAGCUUGACUCUCUCAGUAACGAGAUUGUUGAACUACAACGAGAGAAGUGCACUGUGGAAGAGGAGAUCAAGGAGAAAGAGGAGGCCAUCAGACAGCGCAGCACUGAAGUGCAGGACUUACAAGUAGAAGUGGGGAGGGAGAGUGAGGAGCUGCAGCGGCUCCAGUCUCAGCGUCAAAAGGUCCAAGAUACGUUGGACGAGCUGGACCAACAGAAGAGCUCCCUGGAGGAUCAGUUGGCUCACAUCCGCCAACGGACCACCCAGGAGACACAACUGAUCACAUCGCUGCAGACGGAGCAUGAGGAGCAGGAACAGAUGAUAUGUCAGUAUGAGGAGGAGCUGGUCCAGGCCCGAGAGGAGCUGCUUGCUUUGCAGGAGGAGAGCAGGAGGCUGCAGGAGAAAGUCCAGGCUGCACAGGAGCAGCUCACACCUCUGCAAGAGUCUGUGCGAGACUCAUUCAAACAAGUUGCACAGGUUCAACAGAAACUGAACAACCUUCAAGUGGAGGAAAGGUCAGUGACUGCCCAGCUCACCUGGAAGAGAGCCCUGGAGGACAGCUCUCCUGUCAUGGUCAAUGGAUCAGCAGGUGCUGCAGCAGAGCUGCACCAGGGGGACCCCUUCCAACAGGACCUCUUCCAGGAGGACCAGCCUAGAGAGCUGAAGCUCGAAGAACAAACUGCUUUCUUCAGUCCUCAGAACGACCAUUUCGAUCAAAAAGAGAUAGAAGCAAAUGAGAAUGAAGAAGCGGAGGAGAUGAAGGACAAGGAAGACGCAAGUCGAAAUACUCCAGAGGAGGAAAAACCAAGAUCUGAUGCGUUGGAUGAUCUUUAUACUAGUCUGGCCCCUUCUGAUAUGUACAAUAGUCUGUCAACCUUCCCCAAGCCUCUGAACACUGUCAGGGAAUUCGGUAGCCACGAAGUUUCAUCAGAAGUUGCAGAUGAUGAAGACAAAUCAUCUAAUGAGAGCUCACCAAAGCAGGUGGCAUCAUCAGAACAAGAGAACAAAGAGGAGCAAGCAGAGACGCCUGAAGCCACCACCACCACCACCAUCACCUCCUCCUCGUUACCAGUAGGCCCCAUGCCACCACAGACCAGCCCACCAACCCUGCCUGAGAUGGACUUCUUUCAUUCAGACCCCUUUACUGACCAUGAUCCAUUUAAAGAUGAUCCAUUUGGAAAAGCAGAUGUUGCAGAUCCAUUUGGAGGAGAUCCAUUCAAAGGGACCGACCCCUUUGCUGCAGACACUUUCUUCACACAGACCUCCAACGUCCCCUUCUCCUCAGAAGACCCUUUUUCAGCCCCAGCCGACCCGUUCGGUGCCACCACUGAUGCGCCAGAGCCAGACCUGUUUGCAGCCAAGCUGAACAAUGCAGCACCCGCUCCUGCAGCAGGCCCCGACCCCUUCACCUCCAAACCGACCAAUCCUGCUUCAGCAGCCAAGGGUCCUUUCACCACCACAGAGAACAACAUGGCUGAGUCUGAUCCGUUCGGUGGCAAAGUCAAUGCCACAACAGAGGCAGAUCCAUUUGGGUCUCAGGACGUAGAGACCGAUCCGUUCAGCUACUCGCCAGUCAGCUGUGAUCUGGUAGUGAAGGACACUGCAGCGGCCAAUGACCCUUUCGCUCCAGGUGGUACGGCAGUGAGCUCCAGCUUAGAUGCAGAUCCGUUUGCUGCAGUGUUUGGUAAUGAGUCGUUCGGUGGGGGCUUUGCAGAUUUCAGUGCCUUGACGAAGUCAAACGGGGGUGACCAGUUCGGCAUCAACAAUAAGAACCUGUUCGAGGAAGACAGUCCGUCUGCCAGCCCCGACGUGCCCCCUGCACUGCCCCCGAAAACGGGUACGCCAACGAGACCUCCCCCUCCACCUCCAGGUAAGAAAUCCUCCAUCUCCAGAACAGACUCCUCUGACUCCUUCCAUCGACGAGGGCACUUCCUCCCACAGCCUUCAGGGGACUUCUCCUCCUCCUCGCCCUCCCUGCCUGCCAAGGAUCCUUUAGCCGACCCCUUCGCCCCCUCCUCCCCUCCUCGUCACAGCGUACGGGAAGCUGACCGAUUUGCCAGCUUUGACAAAUAUCCAACAGAGGAAGACAUGAUAGAGUGGGCAAAGCGCGAGAGCGAACGGGAGGAAAAGGAGCGACUUGCAAGGCUCACCCAGCAGGAACAAGAGGACCUGGAGCUGGCCAUCGCUCUCAGCAAGUCUGAACUCUCCUGAGAAGCUCUCCUCUUCCCUCCUUUCUUCCCUCCUUCCCUUUCCUCUCUCCUCCCUUCCCAUCCUCCACUGGCCCGGCACGGCACGGCACAGCACAGCCUGGCCCAGCCCAGAAAGCACCAAAGUAAAAGUGGGGACUGUAUAGGACUGAUUCAGCAACACCCGCUGACCCCAUGAGGAGAUUUUCUUUCUGAAUGAAUCCAUCUCUGCAUCGUUCAGCAGCCUCAGCCCCCCCUCCCCCUCUCUCUAUCUCUCUCUCUCCCUCUCCCCCCCGAGACUGUUCACUGUGCACUGGCAUCGCAGUAUCGGGUCUCUCUCCAUCCUGUCGGCCUCUGUGGUUGUCGUUGGGAGGAGACGACCGAGGACAAGCGACGCGUGUGGAUGGUUUUAAAUGAAAUGCAGUGAAUAUUGUCAGAUGUUAGGAUCGUCACACUCUGUUGUGACCUCAUCACUCGGCGACAAACGGCCACAUUAACUCUACAGAAUGUAAUUUAUUUAAAGAGUAGACUGAAACAGCCUCCUCAAAAGACAUCUUUAUCCACUAAGUAAACUCACUACCCUUUAAAAACACUUUAAAAAAUGAUGGACAUGACAAAAUGUUGUGGUUGUGAAAUGGGAGGUUUUGGAGCAGCUGUAACAAUAUCUUGGCAUUUAUCAUUAAUAUCAUCCAGUGUGAAUAGAGUAACGAUGGCAGAGGGCCUGUGAGAUCUUCUUUUUUUAUUAAUGACAACAUUUCUACGUGUUUAACUGGAAGUUAUUCAUCCUCUGAUAUGUGAAAAACAAAUUGAUACUAAAAACAAAUGAACAAAUCCAUUACAGCUCUUAUGUCUUUUGAAUGGAAGAAGUGCAAAGCUUGGCCCAGCGUCUGUUCUGUCUGUGUUGUAGAAAGUUUAUUUUCUGGGAGAAACUAAAGUUGGAGUGAAGCUACAUCUAUUUCAUAUUAACUACAUGUUCAUUCAUUUUCAAGGCACACUACAACGAUGAAAUGCAUUUUUUGAAAACUGUUAUCAGGGGACCUGAUGAGUAGUUUCCAUUAUCAAGUUUGAAACCUUCAGUUCUUGACAUUAUCUAAAUAGCAGAGUUUGGACAUGAAUAGAAAUGCAUGAGUUUAAAAAUGUGAAUGAUUUGUUUUGAAUAGAUUGGUUCAAUACUUCCUUCACCUGCUCCCUCUACUCUCACACUAAAUGAAUGGUGUUAAUAGCAGUGUUAUCCCUGACUCAUCUGCAAAGAGAACCAGCUGAGGGGUCAGGGGUCAGGGUCGGACACAGAGCAGCCUCCCCAUGUCUUUACUCAAUGAAGGCCCAGCAGCGCGGAUGCUGGUUGAGUAACUUGUGUAUCAAAAAUCUUCCUUAAGUGGUAAAUCUCCAUGUUAGAAAUCUUGAUGUGCCUCUGCUGGUGUUUCUCUCAUGAGCAUGUGUACGGAUUUGUUUUCCAGGAGAGGCUUCCUAUCCACUCAGAUAGGAAGCCAAAGUCACAAAGUCAGUCAAAGUCUGGCUUUUGUUGUGGAGCACUUCUCUCUCUCUGUGUGUGUGCGUGUGUGUGUCAAUCUGGUGGAGCCAGGAUAUCCAUACACAGGACCAAUGGAUAAACACUUGGACAAACAUCUCUGUGAUAAACCUAAAAUGACAUUUAUUUGAUGUGAUUUUCACUGUUUCGGAGGAGGCAGGGUUCAUGAGCAAUACUGCGGCCAGCCACCAGAGGGCGCUCAAGAUGUUUUGGCUCCCCUUUUGGGGACCUAUAAUGUCGUCCAUCUCUAUCUACAGUCUAUGGUUAAGAGCUCCACAGCAGGUGGUCAGUCAGAGAUGCUACGUCCUCGUCUCCUUCCUCCUUUCCCUCAUCUUUCUGGUUUAAUUUAAUGUUUCUCCCAGAAAAUAAACCCAGUGACUUGUGACUUCACACUGAUCAUUAAACUGUGAGGGUUUCUGACGAGGGAAAGCUCGAGUGAGCGCAUGAUGUUUUUGUUUCUUUUCUUUGCUUAUUUCCGACCAAACGGAGCUUAACACUUCUUAAUCGUCUGACUCUUUUUUUUUUAAAUUUUAAUUUUAUGUUCAGUGUGAUCAGCAUCCUGUUGUUUCCUCUUGUUUGUGUGUAACCAGUUCAGUGUCUGGUUGAUGCAGCACUGCGGCCUCUCAUAUUGGAAUCUACGUUUAUACAGGAGAACCAGAGCCGCCUCUCUUUGCUGCUUAUCGUCGCCGUGGCUUAACACAUCCGAUUGUUUAAUUCACUCGCGUUUAAACGCCUCCAGACACAUGACAGUCGUUUGUACAGGCUCCUUGAAUAUUACGAAUUAAGAACCACUGAUGUUUCUAGGCUGAUCCACGAUGGCUUUUAAAGCUAAUUGUAUUUUAUUUUGUAUUUUCUAACGUGUAAUAAAAAUCAUUAUUGGGAGUUUGGCCAGAAUAUAUAAUGCAUUUAAUUGAAACAGAAUAAAUAUUAAACAUGUAAUUUUGCA